AUGGGACAUUCAGACACGAGGUGCUCGUACAAGCGGGUUCAAAUUGUUGGAAGGGGAAGCUUUGGAUGCGGUUGGUUGGUGCGAGAUAGACGCGGAGAUCAAUGCAUUCUGAGACAGAUCGACGUGUCCAAGAUGCCAGAAAAAGUUAAGCAAGAGGCUGCAAAUGAAGUAAAGAUCCUCAGCAGACUCCGGCAUCCUUUUAUCAUCAACUACCGCGAAUGUUUUGUGGAAGAUGGUUUGCUUUGCGUUGUUACCGACUUUGCUGAAAGUGGUGACUUGCAUGAGCGCAUUGGGAAGCAGCGGUCAGACAAGCAGCUGUUCGCGGAGGCAAUGGUUUUGCGAUGGUUUACCCAGAUUGCUUUAGCACUGAAGCACAUUCAUGAUCGUCGCAUUCUUCACCGUGAUCUCAAGACGCAGAACAUCUUCUUGACGGGUCCAGGCGAUGGUGUCGUGAAAGUGGGUGACUUUGGCAUUGCUCGUGUCUUGCAGCACACUCAAGACUGUGCAAGGACAGCUAUUGGAACUCCGUAUUACCUUUCACCAGAGGUAUGCCAAGAGAAGCCGUACAGUUACAAGUCAGACAUUUGGUCGUUGGGCUGCAUCCUGUAUGAACUCGCAAGUCUUCGUCACGCUUUUGAUGCAGAUUCGAUGCGCGGACUUGUUUUCAAGAUUCUCCGGGGCAUACCGCCUGAUGUUCCAACAGCAUUCUCCGCUGAGCUUCGGCAGAUUGUAUCGGACAUGUUGCAAAAGGAUCCACAGUCCCGCCCAUCAGUGGAUGAGCUUUUGAAGAUACCGCUGGUGCGUUGCAUGAUUCGACACCUGCUUGCCGACUUGGAAUCCCAGCAAGGGCGGUCGGCUGAAGUUCCACCGAGUUCGAAGGUGUCGUCUCAGUCCAGGCGAAGCAGGCCUCCCGGGGAAGACCAAGCGUGUGUCGACAAACCAAAGCUAAGAGUGGCAUCUGAGUCUCCGAGUCGCUUGCACCGGUCCGACUGGAACGGAGUUCAUGCGGGAAGUUCGAAGGGUAGGAUGCUGAGCUGCCCGAGCCAGAAGAAUGCCGAUAAGAUUGGCGAGUUUCCUGACAGAUUGGUGCACGAUGAGAAGCGCAGAUGGUACAGUCAAGGAUGGGAAAAGGCACAGCCUUCAGCAGUGACGAAGAUGGCGGUAUCACGAUCUCUGCAGCCAUCAAGUUUCAUCACGCCCACCAACAAGGAUCUUGCAGUGAGUCCUUGCGAGGAUGAAGGCUGCAAGUUGUCAGACCUUGUGCACCCAGACGGUGGAACUCUCAAUUUGCAUGUUGGCAAGAUGGACUCCUUGGCAUAUCGCAUCGAGGCUUUGCGCCAUUUCCUUGAGAGGGAGUUGGGCCUGGUGGAGUUUGCGGCGGCAUGCAGUCACCUUACCCAAGGUGCCACGUUAGCUGAUGCUGGUGUGAUCGUGAGCAAGGACCGUUGCAGUCGCAGCGAUCCGGCCUUUUCAUUCUCGAAGCAGGCUAUGAAGUACAUGCCCCUGGUCAAGCAGCUCCUUGCGUUCGAAGAUGAAUUCUACGGCUUGCAAAUCUGCCAGGCAUGCUGA